CCCCAAUGCCCGAUUUGAUGACGUUCUCGUGUUUCACAGGUCACCGACUCACCGUACAAAAAGAUACCGAGCAUUUUUGUAAAUAAACGCAAGGUCAAGGACGACCGUGACGGUCUCAUCCGCUGUCUCAUCCGCCUGCCUGAUCAUCAUAUUUUGCAUGCUGACAUGAGUCAAUGAUCAAUCCCAUUGCUGGCCAGUCAGUCAGAGUCUCCAUCAUCCAGGCGGUGUCGAUGUUACGUCAUCUGUGCUGCUUUUCAGGAAGGGAAGAUCCACCGACAUUUGCUGAGCUUCGUCAGCAGCACUUUCACCAGGCUUUUGAUUAUUGUCCCACCCGCAAUAUGGGAGUUGGAAUGAGUGAGAUCAUUCCUGGUCUCUUUGUUGGAAACUUCAGAGAUGCAAAAGACCAGGAAGCGUUGCAUAACAAUCGCAUCACCCACAUUGUGACUAUCCAUGACCAUGCAAAGGCGCCAUUACCACAUUAUGAAUACCUGAGUUUGAAUUCAGCUGAUAGUCCAACAGCCAAUAUAUCCCAGUUUUUUCACAAGGCUACCGAGUUCAUACAUGACUGUAGACUACACGAGGGAUGCGUACUUGUGCAUUGCAUUGCCGGUGUUUCCAGGAGUGUGACUAUCACCGUUGCCUACCUGAUGUGUGUAACUGACCAUGGCUGGAGAGAUUGCCUACGCGCGGUCAAGCAAGCCCGGGAAGUAGCCAGUCCUAACUUUGGCUUUCAGAGACAACUGCAGAACUUUGAGAAUACCGAGUUGGAAGAGGUAAGGAAGAAGAUACAAGAGAAAUACCCGGACACGUUGAGGGAACGGGACACAGCAGCAAUACAGCAGCUCCUGGAUAAGUCCAAUCAGAAACCAGAAUCCAAAAAUGUCGACGAGGAGAUGUACCCGCUGGCGUUCAAUGCGUACGCAUCACAGCCUCCUGGAGACAUGCCACCACUGGACAGAUAGUUGUCUGGGUUUGUGAAAACGAUUUGGCUGCGCCCAAAUUCUCACAACUCACAGUACAGUAAACUCCGGCUAAACCGACAUCGUACAACUCAUCAAAUCGCGUAAGUCGGCCGUCUGACUAAAGUCCCGAUUGUCCGUAAUGCAUUUCCAUUGA